CCAUCCAAAGCCGCUGGAAGGACAGGAAGAAAUGGCUGAUGCCAUGGCUGAUGUCAUAGCUGAUACAAGACGGCUCUUCACCAAACCUCAAAACUUAAAUGACGCGUAUGGACCCCCAAGUAACUUUCUCGAGAUUGAUGUGGCCAACCCUGAGACCGUCGGGGUUGGCAGAGGGAGAUAUACCACGUAUGAAGUCAGACUGAAGACCAACCUGCCAAUCUUUAAGCUGAAGGAGUCUCGUGUUCGGAGGCGAUACAGCGACUUUGAGUGGCUCAGAGCGGAACUGGAGAGAGAAAGCAAGGUGGUCGUACCGCCUCUCCCAGGAAAAGCUCUUUUCCGUCAGCUUCCAUUUAGAGGGGACGAUGGCAUAUUUGAUGACUCUUUCAUCGAGGAGCGGAGGCAGGGUCUAGAGCAGUUUCUCAACAAAGUGGCCGGGCACCCUCUAGCUCAGAACGAGCGCUGUCUGCACAUCUUUCUACAGGAAGAGUCUGUGGACAAGAGCUACACCCCUUCCAAAGUCAGACAAGCCUGAUUGGGAAAGAUGGCUCUGCUCGGCCCGGUCUGGCUCGGUCUGUCUCGGUCACGCUCCGUCUGGCUUGGCCCAACAACCCAAAGCUGUCUUCACUGCUCCAGGUUUCUCUCAAACAAUAAACACUUCAGUGACAAUUUUCCCCCUUUUCAAGCCCCUUAAAGUACUAUCAGUCUUUUAGUUGAAUUAUUCUGAUCGAUAUGUGUUUUCACCUUCUAAUUAAAGUCAAGAAUGUUCUUCACAACUGUGGUUGAAAAUGAUUUAUCGUUAAUUCUCUAUAUGUCCUGGAAUGCCACUAAAUGAUAUUAUGUAUUUAUCCUUUAGAUAAGUCCUAAAUAUAGUCAUCUAUACAUUAACAUUGAAUGAGCUUUCCAUUGCAGAGCUCUUGUCAUGACCCACAGCGUUCCCCUGGCAUGUUGCUCACUGUAACUUGCAACUAAACGCGCACAGACACACACUCAACAUCCCUUGACUUUCAAACCACACACAGCUGUUGUCUUAAAAAGGAUGUGUGUGCAUGUGUGUGUUUGUUACUCAACCAGCACCUCCCUAAUUAUCACAAUAUUUUCUAUUGCAAACAAUUUACACAGAGGGAACUGCAGUAUUUCUACUGGCUAUAUGCAUUUUGAGAUUUGUAUACUGCUGUGCCAUUUUUGUUUAUUUUGAAGAUUUUCCAAUAAAACAGGUGAAAUGUCUCCACGCAUAGGUGCAUUUGUUGAUUCGGAGUGCUCCCUUUCUCCUGCAAACCCCGACGGAUGGAGGGUGAUGUGCUGCAUGCUGCCACAGUCGGUUAAGCUCAACUCAUCACCACAUUAGUUAUUCAGUAAAUACAGGCCGAGAUGUCCAUUACGAAGAUGUUUAUGGCUAUUCAGAGAGCUUGUGAAUCAGCCCUGAGAAUUUUAAGCUUCUCCUGAGAUAAGAUUUCAUGCUUCAAUCAUGCAGGACUGACAUAAGUCAUGCUUAAUAGGUUUGUACUACCUGCCACCAAAUUGCAUCAAACAGGAGAUUUAGAUCUUAUACAGGAACUUGUUGUUUAAAGGAAAGUCUUAAUUCCUGCUUUAAUUUAAAAUGCUUUAGCAAUCGGCAUGCUUAGCCCUAAUUAUAAAGUAUUAAUAGAAGGUAUUUUUGACACUGUUGAUACUGUUCACA